AUGAGUUACAUACAACAAAAUUCUCAAGAUAUUCGUCUUGGUUUUAGAGCAAAAUGGUUUUCUAAUAAUGCUGAAUGGUAUAAUUCAUUUCUUGUUAUGUCAUCAUUAUCAUUAAUUUUUUUAAUACUAACAAGUGUAAUAAAUUUUUUUAUUCUAUAUUUUUUAAUAAGAAUAAAAAAAAAGUCUAAAAAAUUUCGAUCAAACGGAAGUUCUCCUAAAUUUAUUGAAAAACACAAUUAUGAAAAGGAAAAGAAUUUCUUCAUAAUGGCUUUAGUCAGUUUUUUAGGUCAAUUGAUUCUAAUUAUUGAAAAUUAUAUUUCUGGACUAUUUAAUGUAAUGAAAAGUUAUGAUAACUUUUAUAUUAUGAUUAUUAUAUUUCCAAUUGUUAAUGACAUUACAAUUUUUCCAAUAACAUGGAUUUUACUAUAUACCAGCAAAUCAUUAAGACAUUCACUUUAUUCUUUAAUUUUUUGUAAUUUUAGUAAAAAAAAAUUAAAAAGAAAUAAUUGUAUUGCUGCAAUAGUUUAUUCUAUUCUUGGUGCCAUUUGUAAAACUACAAAAGAUUGUGGUUUUGGUAAUUUUUGUAGUGAAAGAAAAUGUAGAAAAGCUAAUUGUGCCACAAAUCAAGAAUGUCAAGAAGGAGAGUUAUGCUUUUUUGGUAGAGUUGAUACACAAUAUAAAAAAGCAUGUUUUCCUUUUGAUAUUGAAUCAACAAUUUCAAUUAAUUCAUUACAAUUAUGUCCUGGUGGUGGUACACCAAUAAAAACUAGUGAAAAUAUUUAUGAAACAUGUGAUUAUGUUAAUAGUUGUUCUAGUAAUGGAAUUUGUAAUCCUAAUUAUGGUAUUUGUUGCUCAAAAAUUAGAACUUGUCCAAUUCCUUCAAAACCAUUAAUUAAUUCUCAAAAUAAAAAACCAUUAAUUUGUCAAUUACGUGGUCUUCCUCCUGUAAAUUGUCCUAUUGGUUCUGUAUGUAAUAAUGUUACAGGUUUUUGUUGUUCAAAUGAAAAUCCACAAUCUCCAAAUAUUAUUAUUAACAUAAAAGAAGUUCCAUAUUCAUUAGUUGGUGAAACUUGUACAAAAGAAAAAGGUUGUGGUUCAGGUGCUUCAUGUGAAUGUACAAGGGGAACAAAUUGUAAAUGUAAAUGUAUUAAAGAUAUGGGAUAUUCUGUUGAUAAUACUGGUAAAUACUGUAAAAGAACUAGAAGACGUCUCCAGGAACGUUGUACAACAGACAUUGAAUGUAGUUCUGCUUUUUCAUUAUGUGUUAUGAAUAAAUGUAACUGUAAACCAGGAUUUGAAAAAGAUUCUGAUGGUGGUUGUAUACCAAAAACUUAUUCCUGUUUAAAUGAUGCCAAACCAUUAACAGAUAAUAAUAAUAAAAUAAAAUCAUGUACUACAUAUUCAACACGUUCAACAUAUUAUACAGGUUUUUAUCCAGAAAAUACAAAAAUAGAUAAUAAUGAAUUAUUAAAUGUUAUUGAAAGAAAUAAUAUACCUAUGUAUAGUGAACAAAUAAUAAAUAAUGGACCAAUAAAUCUUACAAAAUUUGAAUUUGAUGAUAAUGAAGAAUUAAAAAAUAUAGUAGUUCGUGAUGAUAUUCCUACUGAAGAUUGUCCUGAUACACAUUAUUGUAUUCCUGUAUUUGAAUUACCAAAAACACCUAAUUUAUAUCAAGGUUUUUGUUGCCCUAAACCAUCAAAAAAUAUUCCUGUAUGUCCAGUUGGUUUACCACAUCAUUCUUCAAUUGGUCCAAAUUUUGGUUGUAGUAAUUGUCCAUUUGAUCAAUAUUAUUGUCACUCUGAUACAUUAUUUGGUUCUAAAGAUAUUUGUUGUCCAAAACCUUGUGUAUCACCUGAAGAUGUUUAUGUUGAUGGAAAUUGUUAUCCUAUUGCUUUUUAUGGAGAUAGUUGUUUAUUUGAUGAUCAAUGUAUGGGAAGAAAAAAACUUAAUAAAAUUACAACAACUACAUCUCUAUUUGAUAUGAUAAAUACAAUGGAUUGUAUAAAAAAUAUUUGUACCUGUCCACCAGGUUGGAUUCAUGAAGAUGGUGCAUGUACAAAAAUAGAAUGUAAAGUUGGAAUAAAAGGUACACCAUUAAUUAAUAGUGAAGGUAAAAUUAUGUCUUGUGUUAGAAGUUCAGAUUGUAGUCAAGGAUCUUUUUGUGAUCAUAGUAUAAAUUCAUGUUGUAAAGGAAAUAAUAGAUGUCCUUCUGGUUAUGCUGAAACAGGAGAAUUAUGUAAAGAUAAACAAUGUGCUAAUGGUAAUAUAUGUAUAACUACAAGAAAUAGACGAUCAAAAAUAUGUUGUGUUGAAGAAAAUUAA